CCAGAUAAGUGUCCUUAUAGUUUUAGUAUACAAUACAUGAAUAAACACACGGUAAACAAUAUAAUAAUAAUAAUAAUAAUAGGUUUUUCCAUAUUCAACUAUAAUAAUAUUAAUUAAUAAGAGUCCUUUGAACUUUAGAAUGCAAUGCUUAUAAUAUAUCCGAAUAUUAAGAAACUUCAUAAAUUAUUUAUAAUAUAUUUAUAAUUUCUUAAGAUCCACCAAGCUAAAACUAAAUAGACAAAUAUAAAUCAUAAUUGAUAGGAUUCGAACCUGCAACAAUUUUUUAGAUCCAAAUUAAUAUAAUCCAAGUUAACUAAUAGGAAAAUUUUGAUUUUAUGAUAUAAACCAUGACAAUAUGGGUACUCAUUUCAUAAGGAUGAGUAAGAAAAAAAAAAAAAAAAACUCCACCGAUGAUCGUGAGCUCGACGAGGUAAAUUCUGAUGGCUUGAAAAUGAUAUUUCAACUCGCAAGCAUUUUAUCAUUGCAUUUAAGGUUUGAAUGAAGAAAAAGCCUAAGACGGUGGAGGUAGUGGAGCCGGUAAUAUAGAUGCUGAUGCUAUUUAGAAGAGGGAUGAGACUGUCAACAGUGAAGGUAAUAGAGUCUGGGAUCAUUACAAUGUUGAGAAGAAAAGAAAAAAUAUAUUGAUGGGCUAGAUGGUGAAGUAGGUGAUGGAGAUGAUGACGUUAUUACUAGUGAAAAUAAUGAAGCGGGUGAUGGUGAAGCAAUAACAAAGGAAACCUAAAAGGAAAUUUGUUGUAAUUAUUUAUGUAUGAUUUGGCUAUUUUUUAGGAGUUGGUUCUCUUGAAUAGGUUUGAUUUUUUUACUUUUGUUAAUGGAUUAGUGAGAACGUAAUGUUGGUUCGAUCUGGUCCUAAGAUGUCUUUCACUAAUGGAUCGCGGUUCUCAUUAGUUUGGUCCGGUCCAGACCGUUGCGAACGGUUGCACUCCACUAAAAGUACCUAUAAUUAUUUAAGGGAAGAAGUUAAUAAUUAUAUUUCUAGGUUAAUAAUUAAUUUUAGCAGAAUUAAUAAUGAAUGUUAGAUUAGAUCAAUGGUGGUGGGAGAACUUCGAGUAUAGGAGUUAUCCAUAUAUAUUUUUUCUUCUUUAUUUUCCGAUAUAUGUUUACGGAGGGAACUCGGAGAAUGAGGAGUGAUUGGUAUCCAUCUCCGAGGAAAAAGCGUAUAUGAUAUUUCUAUACGUGUAAUUCCAUGCGACAAACAAGCCUAUUUGUUCAUGCUAUGUUCAGUUGUUCUAUGGUUUCUGCUUUCUCUCGGGUUUCUCGCUUUCCCUAUCUUAAUGUCGAACUGAGAAAUUAAAAACAAAUAAUGAAGAUUGACGAGGAGGAUCUGGGGACGGGACCUGAUCGGGAAGAUCAGUUCCAGACCGACGAUGAAGAAAACCAAGCGGAGAGAACUUUUGACGACGAUAGCAAUGGCUCAGAUUCGGGGAGCAGCACUUCAUCUUCACCCAAUGCAAACCAUUCUUCCCACAGCAUGGAACUCACUACUCCUACCUGGCCUCAGAGCUUCAGGGCAUCAAUGGACAUGUUCACCAAUGUGGCUGCUGCUGCUUCCUCGAUUUCCUUCCUGAAGGAAGACACUGAUGGGUCGUUGUCGCCUUCAAAGUUGAGGGAUUCCGAAUCGGAUUCUUUCCUGAAAGAAUCCUUGAUCCCAAAGCGGGAUUUGGGGAAAAUAGUUAUUUCAUGCCCAUCUCCCGUGGGGCAAACAUCUGCAUCUCCACAUUCACAGGCACCGGCGGAGGACGAUAAUAAACAAAGCUCGUUUGCACAAGCGGUUCUCAAUGGGAUCAAUAUUUUAUGCGGGAUAGGGUUGCUUGCUACUCCAUAUGCAGUCAAACAAGGAGGGUGGCUUAGCCUCUUCAUACUUUUACUCUUUGGGAUCAUAUGCUGCUACACUGGAAGCUUGUUAAAGGAAUGUCUGGAAAGCUCUCCUCUUACUCGCACUUAUCCUGACAUUGCUCAGGCUGCUUUCGGAUUACCGGGUCGCUUACUCGUCUCUAUACUUCUUUACUUCGAGUUAUACGCAGCUUGUGUGGAGUAUGUAAUCAUGACGAGUGAUAACUUAUCGACAUUGUUCCCAAAUACAAGCAUGGAUUUGGUUGGAAUGCAUCUCGAUGCUCAGCGAAUCUUCCCCAUUGCAGCAACUCUCAUAGUUCUUCCAACUGUUUGGCUCCGAGACCUUACCCUCCUGUCCUACCUUUCAGUUGGUGGAGUAGGUGCAUCGGUUCUACUAGCUGGCUGCUUGGUGUGGAGUGGGAUGGCCAAUGAAGUUGGAAUGCAUUCAAGUGGAACAGCUAUCGACCUCGGAAAUCUACCUUUUGCUGUUGGUAUAUAUGGAUAUUGCUUCUCUGGCCAUGCUGUUUUCCCAAACAUUUACUACUCGAUGAGAGAACCGUCCAAGUUUCCUUCAGUUUUGAUUGUCAGCUUUGUUUUCUGUUGGUUCAUGUACACUGCAGUCGCGAUAUGCGGGUAUCUCUUGUUUGGUGAUGCAGUGAAAUCUCAGUUUACCCUGAACAUGCCUGAACAACUUGUUUCCUCCAAUAUCGCAGUCUGGACAGCAGUUGUGAACCCAAUGACAAAAUAUGCAUUGACCAUGAUGCCAGUUGCUUUGAGCUUAGAAGAACUCAUUCCUUCCGGCAGGUUCAGAUCUUAUGGUGCAUCAAUAGGAAUCAGAACGGUUUUAGUACUAUCAACUUUAUUUGUGGCUCUGGCAGUUCCAUUCUUUGGUUCUGUGAUGGCCUUCUGUGGAUCCUUCCUUGCAAUGCUUCUGGCUAUCGUCCUUCCGUGUGCUUGUUAUGUCAGCAUAUUCCAGGACAGAUUGACCAAGUUAGAGCUGGCAGCUUGUGGUUUCAGCGUACUUGUGGGCUUGUUGAGCGCUGUCAUUGGCACCUACGCAUCCGUCAUCAGAAUAGCGAAUGAAAUGGGCUGAUAACUCCAAAUGAAGCUCGGCGCUGUUCACCAGAACGAGGAAAUUUUGCUGUAAUGACACUGAAGGAAGACACUUUUUUCUCUCUUUUUGGUCGGGUUGUACAGUAAGCAGGAUUAAAGUAGGAAAGCCAUGCCAAAUGGGGAAGUAAAGAGACAAAAAAAAAAAAAAUUGUAGAAUGUAGUUCACCGACUUUUGUUUAGAUACUACACCAAAGGGUUCUUACUGUUCUCCCCGAACUGGAAAUUUUUUAUAACCAACAACAGAGGAUCUUUCGUCUUUGGUUCACUCUAUCACCUUGUGAUUUUGUUUACAACACAGAUAAUGACGGAAGUUACUAAAUCAAUUAAGUAGGCAACCUUCAACUUAGACAAGGUAAAUUAGGUUGUUGAUAUCUUUUUGUUGAUCAUUUGGAUGGAUUUAGAAAGAAGAUGUAGAACACGUGUAGCACACAUAUAAUAAUCUUAUAAAUAAAUGAAAUGUGAUUAGUUUAGUCAUAUAAACUCAUAAACCGUAGAUUUUUUGUCUUAUUCCGAUCUAACUCCAAGUUGAGUUCCUAUGAGUAGAGCUCAAACCCUUGACAAAAAAUAGAACAAUAAAUGGCUUUCUGUCUUCCUCACAUGCAAGCCAAUCAGAAGUUUACAUAAUGGUCUAAGACUUGGAUAUCAUUUGGAUACAUAGAUCAAUGUACCAAUUCAUUAGAUCCAAUUAAGGAUGGCAAUGGGUGGGGUUGGGUCAGGUUUUGCCAAACCCAAACCCAAACCCAUGGGUUUAUCCGUGAAAAAAACUUGGGGUAAAAUUCACUGGGUUUGAAAAACUCAAACCCAACUCAACCUCGCUGGGUAUCCGCGAGUUGAUGGGUACCCAUGGAUUUUUUGUUGUAAAAAAAUUUACAAUAACAAGUUCCUAUAAAAAUAAAAGUCAAAUAUCAAUCUCUCAAAACAAAUUAUCCAUAUAUACAACAACAUUCUAGAAAAUUCAAGCAAAUCACAAAUUAACCAUACAAAUUGUUCAACACCAGUCUAGAAAACUCAAGAAAAUUGAAGCAAAUCACAAAUUAUCCAUAAACAACAUGAUUUGAAAACUUCUUCCUCCUUGUCAAUUAAGCUUCUUCACUCUCCACUUGAUAAUAUCGACUUCAUUCUACACAAUUAGAAAGAAAAAAUUAGACAUGUCUCCACAAACAUAAAGAAGAUUAGUUGUUUAGAAUAUUAAAUAUACCGGAAAAAUUAAUUAUAUGAUUGUGGACGGGUACUCAUGGGUCGGGUUUACCUAAACCCAAACCCAACCCGAUGAAUAUUGAACAGGUUUAAACCCGAACUCGGUCCAAAACCCGUCAACACGAAUUUUUACCCGCGUUGGCCAGGUUGGGUCGGGUAGGGUACUCAUGGGUUCGGGUUUCGUUGCCAUCCUUAGAUCCAAUCCAAUCCUCAGGCAAAUUGACAUUGACUCAAAACGGAUCAAUUCAAAAUACCUCAGGAAAAUUAAUUCAUCAAAUUUUUUUUUGCUGGCGAACAAGUCAAUUUGAUACAAUCGUCUCAGCGUCAAAUUGACCGGUUACAAUUCUUCAUCCAAACAACCCCUUAGUUUAUAAUAACGACAAUGGUCCCGCCAGCUGAACUAAUAGUAUCCCGCAGUCGGGAUGAAGCCCACGUGGAAACCGCAUGGUCUUCUCUGCACCACAUCCCACGCGCUCUGCCAUCAUCUUACAACCAAAACGUCCGUUGGAUGCAUUCGACAUGCAACGUGGUCAGAAUCAAAUCCCUACGUGUUU